CAAUUUCGAAACAGUAGUAAGGCGCUCGCGAGCCGUAAACGCAAAAAUGAAGAACUCGUACUAAAACUAGUUAUUUGAAAUAAAAAUGAAAAUGCAACACAAUUCUCUCGGUUAGUUGUGAAGUAGAACUAUCCAUUACACAUUUAAGCGCAGUUGUAGAAAACGGCUAUUAGGUUCCCCUUAUUUUUGUGUUGUGUGGAAAUAUGCAAUUUUGGUGUCGUUUCGUUGCCAACCGGAUGUGUCCUUCAUUUUAAUAAAUACGAAUUUCAUAUAAUAGCCGUGUGGAUCAAAAAAAGUUGCCGCGCGAAUCGGCAGGUGGGCAGAAAAUGUGGAAGUUGCCCGAAGCGAUGAUUGUGGAGGCUGCUUUAAUUUUAGGGGCCAUUCAGUUAACCUUGGGCGAUCGUGAGCAUAAGAUUCACAACAUCGUCCUCUACCCCGAGAGGUACUCCUGGUGUAAAACUACGGCGAUUAAGCAAGUGGUAGCGUCGCCCGGUUACGAAUCGGUGACCAUCGACAACAACGUCUGCGUGGGGGCCUGCUACAGCUACAGCAUACCGAUAACGAGACCCGCGGAGCCGGGGGAGCUCAUCAGGCCGUACUGCGACAGCUGUCAGCCGGCCAGGACUCGCUGUUACCAUGUCACCCUGAACGCAGAUAACGAAAAUACGGAAGGUCCAAAGUCGAUUAAAAAACGUAUCCAGAUAAUCACCAACUGCCUAUGCACCUCGUGCGAGAAAAUUCAAAACAAAGACUGCGAGGAGGAAGGGGAGACGUCUGAGCUACCCAGCGACUUGUUUUCAAUACUCCAUCCAGAGUCGAUCAACAAGGCGACCUUCGAGACCAAACUCCUGCCUCCCGAGGAGGUGCCCGAACUGCUCGAAUUUGGGCCGGCCAAGAAACCGACCGAAUUGAACCUGAACCCGGCCGGUCCCCACGCGGAAUUCAAGCUCAAUUCCAAGCUAAUCAACUUGCUGAAGAGUAUUCAGAUCGGGGACGAAACAGAGUACGAUCGCGAUCAGGUGAGGGAGCUCUACGAGACGGUCGAAGACGGUAAGCACGCGAUUAACGACAAGAAACUCAUCGAGUUCGUCAACUUCGUCAAUUCCGACAAUGAGGAGUUCGAGCUGGACUUGACGCGACUCAAAGACGUGCUGCUCCAAUUCAAGAAAAGCGAAGACCUGUUCGAGAAGCACCGCAAUUUCGGCCUGGGCCUGAAGCAGGGCCAAGAGAACAAUCUCGCCAUCAACCGCGAUAUCGAGAGCCUAAACAAGAACGACCUUUUCGGUCUCGAAGGCAACCACCACGCUAAGGCUAACCACCUCGGAAUGGGUGGCAGCAAGAUCAAUCUGCUCGACAGCCAGGAACCUUCGGGCAAGGGCCACCAUCACCUCGGCGAGAAGCAGCACAUCGGGCUCGACAUCGGCCACCUAGUCCGAGGACCUCACGGCAGUCUAGCGUUCACGCCCGACGUCAAGCAGAAGCUCAACCUGGAGAGCGACCUAAUCAAGCCGAACCAAGAGGGGAUGGUGAUUUCGUACGAAAACAGUCAUACAACGGUCAAUUAACCCAAAUUGUACUUUUAAGAAAAGAGGCUAUGAAAAUGUUAUUAUAAGUUACUAAUAGGAUUGUUAUCGCACUAAUUCCGAUAUACCAAAAUGACAAACAUACGUAAUUAUUGUUCUAGUUUUAGGUGAAACAUGCAGCGAAAAUUAUGAUUCAAAUUCAAAAUUUACCUGGGCUGUGUGCUACUUCUUAGUCAUAUAUUGUUAUUUUUACCUUUAUAUAACUUGUUAUUAUAAUUAUUAUAUAUAUUUUUAUAUACUAAUGUAUAAAGAAAUCUAAUAUAUAAAUUGAGACGCA